GGAGGCCACGCUCCCAGGGCUGAUGUCCGGGGCGCCUGCGCAGUAGGCCUGGAGGCUGGCAAAACUGAAUGGACUUGCUUUUGGGGUGUGGUGUCAGUGCGGCUGCGCGCGAGCCGGUGCCGCGGUACUUAACUUCGCAGCCCCGGGUGUCGGAGGUAGCCAUGCAGAGCGCACCCAUGGAGCAGCCAGCUAAGCGGCCCCGCUGCGAUGGCAGCCCACGGACGCCACCGAGCACUCCUCCUGCAACAGCUAAUCUGUCUGCAGACGACGACUUCCAAAAUAGCGACCUCCGAACCUGGGAUCCGGAGGACGUGUGCUCCUUCUUAGAGAAUCGUGGUUUCCGAGAGAAGAAAGUGCUGGACAUGUUCAGAGAAAAUAAAAUCACCGGCUCGUUCCUGCCCUUUUUGGAUGAGGAUCGUCUGGAAGAUCUGGGAGUAAGUUCCUUGGAGGAGAGGAAGAAGAUGAUAGAAUGUAUCCAGCAGCUGAGUCAGUCUCGGAUUGAUCUAAUGAAGGUAUUUAAUGAUCCCAUUCAUGGCCACAUUGAGUUCCACCCUCUCCUUAUCAGAAUCAUUGACACACCUCAAUUCCAGCGACUUCGCUACAUCAAGCAGCUGGGGGGCGGCUACUAUGUUUUCCCUGGAGCAUCCCACAAUCGCUUUGAACACAGUCUUGGAGUGGGGUACCUAGCAGGCUGCCUGGUGCGAGCACUUGCCGAAAAACAGCCAGAGCUGCAGAUCAGUGAGCGAGAUAUGCUCUGUGUUCAGAUUGCGGGGCUCUGCCAUGACCUAGGUCAUGGGCCAUUUUCUCAUAUGUUUGAUGGCAGAUUUAUCCCACUUGCUCGCCCGGACAAAAAGUGGAAGCACGAACAGGGCUCCAUUGAGAUGUUUGAGCAUCUGGUUAAUUCUAAUGAACUCAAACUUGUCAUGAAGAACUAUGGUCUCGUCCCUGAAGAAGAUAUUACCUUUAUCAAGGAACAAAUUAUGGGACCACCUUUAACACCAGUCAAAGAUUCCUUGUGGCCAUAUAAAGGACGCCCUGCCACGAAGAGCUUCCUUUACGAGAUAGUGGCUAACAAAAGGAAUGGCAUCGACGUAGACAAAUGGGAUUAUUUUGCCAGAGACUGUCACCAUCUUGGAAUCCAAAAUAAUUUUGAUUACAAGCGCUUCAUUAAGUUUGCCCGUAUCUGUGAAGUGGAGUACAAGGUCAAGGAGGACAAGACCUACAUCCGUAAGGUGAAGCACAUUUGUUCGAGAGAAAAGGAGGUUGGAAAUCUGUAUGACAUGUUCCACACUCGCAACUGCUUACACCGAAGAGCUUACCAACACAAAAUCAGCAACCUCAUCGACAUAAUGAUUACAGAUGCUUUCCUCAAAGCAGACCCCUACGUGGAGAUUACAGGGACUGCCGGGAAGAAGUUCCGCAUUUCCACAGCCAUUGAUGACAUGGAAGCCUUCACUAAGUUGACGGAUAACAUUUUCCUGGAGAUUUUACACUCUGCUGAUCCACAGUUGUCUGAGGCCCAAAGUAUUUUAAGGAACAUUGAAUGCCGCAAUCUAUACAAGUAUUUGGGUGAGACCCAGCCGAAGGGUAAGAAGAUUAGGAAGGAAGAAUAUGAACGGCUUCCCCAAGAAGUUGCUAAAGCCAAACCUGAAAAUGAGCCAGAUGUUGAACUGAAAGCCGAAGAUUUCAUAGUUGAUGUUAUCAAUGUGGAUUAUGGGAUGAAAGACAAGAAUCCAAUUGAUCGUGUUUACUUCUAUUGUAAGAGCAACAGCAAGCAAGCGGUCAGGAUCAAUAAAGAGCAGGUGUCACAACUGCUGCCAGAGAAAUUUGCAGAGCAGCUCAUUCGGGUGUACUAUAAGAAGAAAGACUGGAAGAGCCUGGAUGCCGCCGGGAAGCACUUUGUUCAGUGGUGUGCGCUCAGGGACUUCACCAAGCCACAGGAUGGUGACAUUAUAGCUCCACUCAUAACACCUCUGAAAUGGAAUAAUAAGACUUCAUCUUGCCUCCAAGAAGUAUCCAAAGUAAAAACGUGUCUAAAAUUUUAAGUGAAUAUCUGUGGUUAGUUCUUUUCAAAAACCUCUUUCCCUCUACACAAUUAAGUUAGGAAAUAUAAUCAGAGCCCACCAAUGACCUUUAUUUAAUAUCUGGAAUGUAUUCUCAUGCUGGGGUGGUGGUCUCGUUUUCAUUCAAAAUGAAAAAUGGUAACAUUAACAAAUUUUUCCUAUCUAUCCUGUGGUGGUUUGACUAAGAAUGGUCCCAUAAGCUCAUAUAAUUCAAUGCCUGGUCACCAGGGAGUGGAACUGUUUGAAAGGAUUACAAGGAUCAAGACAGUGUGGCCUUGCUGGAGGAAGUGUGUCACAGAAGGUGUGCAUGCUCUUGUUCUCUCGCUCUCGCUCCCUCCCUCCCUCCCUCCCUUCCUCCUUCCCUCCUUCCCUACCACACAGCACCAUGCUCCUCCCCAUGAUGAUGGAUUAACCCUCUGAAGCUGUAAGCGCACCCUCAGUUAACCGCUUUCUUUUGUAAGAGUUGCCUUGGCCGUGGUGCCUCUGGACUGAGACAGGUGCUGUAAGAAGCGUUAGCUGGUGUAUUUUUAGCACUAACUGAAACCUUUCUCCUUUAGCAACCUGUUUCCCAGGGUAACUCUCCCAUCCAUCCUGACCUCUUAGGACAAAGGAUUGUCUUUUGGUUUUAAAUCAGGAAUUGAGACAAGGGUACAAACUAGAAUGGAAAUUGUGAUGCACCGUGUAGUUAAAAAAUAAACAAAAUCCUAGCCCACUGAAGAGGUGCCCGUCACCCUGCUCCUCCCCCAACACCCCACCCCUUCCAUCCCUGUUAAGUGCCAGGCGUGGGGGGCAUCGGGAGCAGUUCUUUCCUCAGAGGAGCUGAGGUGUGUCAGGCGGGUACUCUGCCGAUGACCUCAGCUCCAUCUCUGUCUUCCUGGUACAACUUCCCCUGUCCCCUGCUUUAGGAGAGGCUAGGUUCAGAGGACACCUCAUACCAGGCUACUCCUGAGUCUGUCAUGACUCCAGACAAGAUCACAGUUUUAAAGCACCUGCAACCCCUCCAGCCCCAGGGGACUCACUGCUGCCAGCCUGGGGACAGGUCUUCGCCCACCUCUUCUGAGCUGAACUGGUCAGAUGACCACCGACCCCACCCUCUGGCUGCUCUCUCUGGCACCACUGUUGCUGCAGUGUGUUUACGGGUUUUAGGACAUUCUGGACUGCCUUUGUGAGCUUAGCGACUGCGCAGUGAGUCUCAGGUUCUUUUUGUAGCUUGCUGUUCCUACCAGUUCCGAGCUGCUGUGGUUCUCCCUGCUGCCCCCCCACUCCCACUUUGCACAGCUUUACCAGGAACUGAGUCCAAUUGGAGCCAACAGUGGUCAACAGAAAUGCUAGAGUUGCAGGCAGUGGGGACAGAGGCAGGAGCUGGAGGCGACAUCUUAGUGAUGAUGCUCUUCCGUGUGAGCAGCCUUGUGCUGCCUCUCUCCUCCGGGUAGCCACGUUCUGUCUUGUCCACUCAUGGGUGAAGAGUAUUUGGUGUGUCUGCCACUAUGGGGUCAUAAAUGCACUGGAGGUGCUAGCUCUCCCCCACUAGCCACGGUGCCUCUGUAGAUCCACGAGACAGCCAGGGGUCCCCCUCCCCUUUGUGUGCCCAGACUCAAGGUUAAGAAGUGGAAAGUUUUCUGCGAAUAUUUUUGUAUUUUUGCCAGUCCAUAUUUUUUAAAUCAUUAUGGUUUAUUGUGGAGUUUUGUAGUCCUAAUUUUGUACCGUGGUAUGUGGGAAACAAAUCGGACCCAUUUUAUGCCUUUGAAGCUGAUUUCCUUGUGAGUACCUGUGCCAUUUACGAGACUGCAUUAAAAAUGGAGAUUUUAACA